ACCUCGCAGUGUUUCCCCUCCAUUGCCAUCUUGCCACACCACUAGUCCCGCCUUUCACCCCCCCUGUGAAAGGGACUGCGAGUUUAAUGUUCCCUCUGCGCGUUCUCGAUACCCGGAGACUCAUUUUACUUUACACGCAAGUCCUCGCCGCUUUUUUGGUGUUUUAUCCCCCCAACACUUUAAAUUCCGCCCAAGAAAAUUAGGACUACUGCAGUUUCACUCCCGCACCUCUCUGGACCAACAUCCAAGUCACAAGCCAUGCUUCUACCCUCGUCACUAGUACUCCUCCUUGGCCUCCUCACCUGGAGUCCCAGUGCAUCAUGGGCCGCCAAAGUGAUCGUGGUGCCACCCAUCAUGUUUGAAUCACACCUCUACAUCUUCAAGACGCUGGCCACGGCUCUGCGCCAGGAGGGCCACGAGACCCAUUUUCUAAUUUCAGAGGGUCGUGAGGUGCCCCCCUCCCCUCACUACCACUUACAGCACUACCCAGGGAUCUUUAACAGCAGCACAGCCGACAAUUUCCUCCAGUCCAAAGUCAGUAACAUCUUCUCAGGCCGCCUGACAUUUCUGGAACUGUUUGACAUUCUUGACCACUACUCUCAGAACUGUGAUGCUGUUGUUGGCAAUGUUGAAGUAAUGACCCGCCUCAAGGAGGCCAAGUUUGACCUACUGCUGGUGGACCCUAAUGAGAUGUGUGGUUUUGUGAUCGCUCAUAUCCUGGGUGUGCAAUAUGCCGUGUUCAGCACAGGCCUGUGGUACCCUGCAGAAGCAGGUGCCCCAGCCCCACUUUCAUAUGUACCCGAAUUCAACUCAUUGCUGACAGACCGCAUGUCUCUGGUCCAGAGGAUCACCAACACAGCUGUUUACCUGGUGCAGCGCUUUGGAGUCCAUUAUAUUGCAUUACCCAAGUAUGACCGGAUUAUGAAGAAACAUGGAGUGAAGCCUCAAGUAGCCAUGGCUGACUUGGUGCAGGGCAGCCGGCUGUGGAUGCUAUGCACUGACAUGGCUCUGGAGUUCCCCAGGCCCACCCUGCCACAUGUGGUGUACAUAGGAGGCAUCCUUACCAAGCCCCCCAACCCACUGCCACAGGAUUUUGAGGCAUGGGUGAAUGACACAGCAGAGCAUGGCUUUGUGGUUGUGUCGUUUGGAGCUGGGGUCAAGUACCUUUCCCAGGACAUUGCUCACAAACUAGCAGGAGCCCUCGCCAGGCUGCCCCAGCGUGUCGUCUGGAGAUUCUCUGGAGUUCCACCCAGUAACCUUGGCAAGAACACCAAGCUUGUCGAUUGGAUGCCUCAGAAUGACUUAUUAGGCCACGCCAACACAAGGGCCUUCCUGAGCCAUGGUGGCCUGAACAGCAUCUACGAGGCCAUGUAUCAUGGGGUGCCGGUGGUAGGUGUGCCCCUGUUCGGAGACCAUUAUGACACCAUGACUCGUGUGGCAGCCAAAGGUAUGGGUAUCAUGCUACACUGGAAGUACAUGAGCGAGGAAGACCUCUACACAGCCCUGACCAGCGUCAUCAAAGACACCAGGUACCGCCAGCAAGCACUUCUUCUCUCCAACAUUCACAAAGACCAGCCAGGCCACCCUGUGACCAGGGCCGCCUACUGGAUCAGCUACAUCCUCCGUCACCACGGUGCCAACCACCUGCGCUCCGCCGUAUACGAGGUGUCCCCCUACCAGUACUUCCUGCUGGAUGUGAUUUUCACUGUAGGGGUUGCCUUGGCUCUGAUCGGCUUUGCCAUGCAACGGCUGGUACAAUUGCUGAGGGGGAAGAAGGUCGGGGACCAGAGCAGAGGAGGUGGCGUCACCAGGGAUGAUGGUAACAUGGCCAAUGGACAUUGCCAUAGCGAGAGCAUGGCCAACGGGAAACACAAACGCAAUGGCUCCUUGAAAAACGAAAAGAAGAUGAAUUAAUGUUUUGAAUGGCCAAGAGGGACGAGGAAGAAGUUGCCUCAAGAACUCAGCUCUAGGUUUAUGUUUAGUGUUUUUAUAAAAGCUUUGAGAGAAAGCUGUUCUUAGGUCUGCGUUGAGAGGCAACUGCUACUCAGAGCAAGCAAGAGGCUGUAGGAGGAUACACAAUGCAUCGGGGGCAGAGCAAGGCAUUGGGUGCUCAAAAUCUGUGUGUGUGUGUGUGGGUGUAUGUGUAUGUGUGCACUGAAGCAAAUUUAACGAAAACUCUUAACAGCAGCAGCUACAGCAAUGCAACACCAAAUUGGAAAGUCACUGAGGAUGAAACCUAGGGAAAAGACACAUUGGAGGACAUUGUUUCUUCAUGUGCAUCUUCUCUCCUGCAUGUUCUCUCUUGUCUUCCUGCCUUCCUUACCAGUGGAAGGAUGAUGAAGAGGGGAAAUCCUGAGCGCCAACCCCUCAUCCUCCGAACAAAACAAGAAAACAAACAGAUAAAUAUUUAGGAUUUAAUGUUUUUAACUGCAAACUCUGCUUCAAGAAGUGUCUGGUAAACUGUAAAUAGAGGACACAUCUAUUUAUUACUGUACAAAUGCAUUUUAAUGAUGGACCUUUUUAACCUAUCUUAUUUUUUAUAUAUUAUUUCAUGUAUGAGUGGUGUGAUAGCAUGGUGGUAGAUGUACACUCCCUCCUCUAAGGAAGCAUUGUGUGCUUCAUAUUGGUGAAACAAAAACUGACAGCAGCUGUCAUUGUAAGUCUGAACAGGUCUGUGCUUUCUGCAGCUGCAUUAUCCACAGCAUUCAUGAUGGUCUCUUGUUUUCAAGCUAAUCAGUGUUGAAAAUAUUUUCAAUUAUUCCCCUUUUCACAUGGUAGUGCCAGCCUGCGACUGCAUUUAGCUGUGCAGCGUUCCCAUUGUCUCUUGACUGACAGUUUGUUGUGGUAGAUAAUAACUGAACUCUGUUUGGCUUACCAGUGUGAAAAGGGUGAUCAUGCUGUAAUCAGAAGGUAUAUAAUAAUGAUUACUACAGAGGAUACUGUGGAUAGGCAGAGCCAGAUCAGAAAUGUGCUCAAACUCUUCCAGUCAGGUGAUCAGGGAUGAGUCAGAGCAUUAUUGAUUUAUGAUAACUAGCUUCAUCAGUCCCAUAUCUUAAUUCUGCAUCCCUCAUCUAUUUAUUAAUUAGUAAGGAUUCAUCACUUUAUUGCCAUUUUUAGGACUACACUUGACUUUGUACUCUAUUCCUCUAUGAUUCAUUGUUGGAUUAUUUCUAACAUAUGUAGCAAAUUUUAAAUUACACUGUUCAGGUAGGAAUUUCAGAAUCCAUUCGAUACUUCUCUUCUGCAAAUUAAAGUCUGUUAGAUUUAGAUGUUGAGGUUCAUGUACAAACUAGGCAGACCUUAAUUAUAUUAACUUUGAGUGUGAAUGAUUCACAUUCUGUAUGUGGCCUUUUUAUAAUGCAGACAUUUGUGUAUGCAGUAUGGCUUUUUUUUUUUUUUUGCUAUUCUCUGAAGUCAUUUCAUCAUACUGAGUGUAUGCCCAUGCAAUUCUUUAUGUUCUUUUCCUUCAAUAAGACUGAAGUUGCCCUCACUAGCUUUUUUAUCAUCUUAUGUGUCAAUUCACUCCGUAUUAUUUUAUUCUUCUAUACUUGUUUCUCUGCCACCAUGUCUGUUAAUUCUUAAUGCAGAUGGAGGAACAAUUGGCAUUCUAGCGAAAUGAUUGUUUAUCAACUUACCAAAGCCUCACACAUGGACAAUAUAGCAAUGUAAAUUUAAAGGAAACAGAAGAAAUACUAUCACUUAACCUGUCAAAGUUGUUGUGGACUUAACAUCCAAUCGACAUACAUACAGCAUGUUCACAAAUCCUGCAUGAUAAUUGAGAAAAGCUUCAUGAUCUUCCUUUCUCUGUGAGCUACAAGUAUGCUUGCACAGCCCAGCCCAGCCCAGCUGAAAGCACGUUGUUGUUGUUGUUGUUAUUAUUAUUAUUAUUAUUAUUAUUAUUAUUAUACUUGAAUCAUCAUCAUCUAUAACAACUUCAGCUGUUGGUUAUGGUAGGUGAGCCUGCAGGUGCUACACAAGCUAUGAACAGGGUCUGGAGAGAAAAAGAAUAUUUGUGAAAAUAUAUCUUUUUUUUAUCAUUAUUAUUUCAGUAUUAAUGUUGUUAUAGAUCACAUUAAAUGCCCCCCAUGCUGAUCCUUUACUUCUUGCUUAUGUUUCUGUACUUACUCUGCAGUCUGACGUGUCUCUGUUCUAGUGACGUUUGUGGCUUUCUUUUUUCUGUCGUCAAUAGCGUACUUGCUUGUUCCAUUUGUCCACCUCUUUGUCUUACUCUUGACUUCCUGGUGUAUUCUGCUGUCUUUGUAUUCUUGUCUUUUUCUUCCUCCUCCCCCACUAAAUAUUUGCUGUCUCUACUUACUUGCUUUUAAAAAAAAAAAAACCAUUUUACUUUGAUUUUAAAAUCAAAAAGUCCUCAAUUUUCUUGUCAUGUGUGUCCAUGUUGUAAAUAGAACAAUGUAAACUAAAUACUAAUGCUGAAUAAAAAUUACAUAUUUUGUUUGCA